AUGCACAAUAUCUACUUAAAUCAUUUCUUACUAAACGUACCUAGGGACGAACCCGAGCGAAGCGAGGAACUAAAACAAACUAGCAACAUGAUCGAUCCAAGUUCAUCCGAGGAAGAUAGUGAGGAUGAACACAAGAAACAACCCGCAAAAUUACCAGUGGUGCCGCCCGGGGGGCUAGCAGGAGGUCGACCAUCAGUCAGGGGCAAGCCGGAGCUUCCCAGGGGUUCAACAGCUGGAUUACCAGGCGCAAGUCCUUUGACAACGGCCCCGCUUGCCGCCCCCCUGCACCCCGCGACGCGUCAGAGGGAGGCCGCCGCCCUCGCACCCCCCCAGACGUCGACGGGCAGUGCGAGUUCCGGGGAAGCCCCGGCGCCGUCCCCCAGUCCCUCUGGCACCAGUCACUCUGAUAAGGACCAAGACCCUCAGGAAAAAAUUGAAAAACUUGAAGAAGAUAAAAAACGACGUCUCCAACUUUAUGUUUUCGUGUCAAGAUGUAUAGCACACCCCUUCAACGCGAAACAACCAACGGAUAUGACGCGACGACAUACGAAAUUGACUCCACACCAGUUGGAAACUAUACAGGCCAGGUUUCAGGCUUUCUUGAAAGGCGAGACACAAAUAUUGGCAGAUGAAGCUUUCCAAAACGCAGUGCAAUCAUACUACGACGUGUUCCUCAAGUCGGAAAGAGUGGAGCAGAUGGUUAAGUCCGGAGCAUGCUCGCAUCAUGACUUCCGCGAGGUCUUCAGAAAUAAUAUCGAAAAACGAGUCAGGUCUUUACCAGAAAUUGAUGGUCUUAGCAAAGAAACUGUUUUAACAACAUGGCUUGCGAAAUUGGACUGCAUUAUGAAAGGAACGGGUAUACCCGGUGACGACGAAUCCAAGAGACCAUCGCGUGCACAGCAGCAAAGUCUAAACGCAGAAUGUAUUCUAAGCAAAGAACAACUUUACGACAUGUUCCAGCAAAUAUUAGGCGUAAAAAAAUUCGAACACCAGUUGUUAUUCAAUGCUCUAUUGUUGGAUUCAGCGGACGAGCAAGCUGCAGCGAUCAGAAGAGAAUUGGAUGGUAGAAUGCAAAAAGUCAACGAAAUGGAGAAGAAUCGGAAACUGAUGCCCAAGUUCGUGCUGAAGGAAAUGGAAUCCCUCUACAUAGAAGAGCUAAAAUCCUCCAUCAACCUGCUGAUGGCGAAUCUGGAGAGUCUCCCGGUGUCUAAAGGAGGAACCGACUCCAAAUAUGGCCUGCAUAAGAUCAAGCGGUAUAAUCACAGGAAGUACAAAUCACAAGGAUCUCUAGCGAACAAGCUGACCGGCGAAGCUGACGGUGGUGACGUCGACACUCAGCUUACCAAAAUGGAUGUGGUUCUUACGUUCCAGAUAGAGGUGGUUGUAAUGGAAGUCAAAGGGUUGAAGUCGUUAGCUCCUAACAGAAUAGUCUACUGCACUAUGGAGGUUGAAGGUGGAGACAAAUUGCAAACCGAUCAAGCUGAAGCUUCAAAACCUAUGUGGGAUACACAAGGUGACUUCAGUACCACACAGCCCUUGCCCGCUGUGAAGGUCAAGCUAUACACUGAAAAUCCUGGAGUUCUAGCACUUGAAGAUAAAGAACUGGGAAAAGUUGUACUUCGACCAACACCUUUAUCUAGUAAGGCUCCUGAAUGGCAUCGCAUGACUGUUCCGAAAAAUUUACCAGAUCAAGAUCUUAGAAUUAAAAUCGCUUGUCGGAUGGAUAAACCUCUCAACAUGAAGCAUUGUGGAUAUCUCCAUGUCAUCGGUAAGAACGUUUGGCGUAAGUGGAAGCGAAGGUACAUGGUGUUGGUACAAGUAAGCCAGUACACUUUCGCACUCUGCUCCUAUAAAGACAAGAAGUCUGAACCAGCAGAAAUGAUGCAACUUGAUGGAUUCACUGUUGACUAUAUUGAACUGGCCAGUGCGCAACUGAUGGUUGGACAGGAAAAAAGUAAGAACUUCUGGACGCAGUGGCAUAUUAACUCGCAUCUCGGGCAUCAAGCUCAAGAGCUUGAAGGAGCGAAGUACUUCAUGAACGCCGUCCGUGAUGGAGAAUCAGUUCUUAUGGGGGUCAGUGAUGAGAAUGAAUGCCAUUUAUGGGUCAUGGCAUUAUACCGUGCCACAGGACAGAGUCACAAGCCGACCCCGCCUACGACUUCAGACACGCAUAUUAAAAUAAUGGGAGAUGCAGACAAAGCGCGUAAACACGGUAUGGAGGAUUACAUCCAAGCUGAUCCAUGUCAGUUCGACCAUCACCAACUCUUCACAAUGCUUCAAUCGCUUACUUUGAAAUAUCGUCUGCAAGAUCCGUACUGCUCUUUGGGUUGGUUCUCUCCAGGUCAAGUGUUUGUACUUGAUGAAUACUGUGCACGAUAUGGGGUUAGGGGCUGCUAUCGUCAUCUGUGCUAUCUAUCUGAUUUACUUGAUGUCGCCGAAAGUGGAGCACAGACUGUGGACCCAACUCUCAUGCACUACUCCUUCGCUUUCUGUGCAAGCCAUGUGCAUGGAAACAGUACGGCCACGUUGCCUGGCAGGCCAGACGGAGUGGGCAGUAUUACGGUGCAAGAGAAGGAGAAGUUCGCCGAGAUUAAGGAACGCCUCAAGACCUUACUUCAACACCAAAUCACAAACUUCAGAUAUGCGUUCCCGUUUGGACGACCAGAAGGCGCUUUGAAAGCCACCCUAUCCCUUCUGGAACGAGUCCUGAUGAAGGAUGUUGUAACUCCCGUUGCUCCAGAGGAUGUUCGUACAAUGAUCCAAACGAGCUUGGAGAACGCUGCUUUGCUUAACUAUACUACUCUUAGCCAGAAAGCUAAUAUCGAAGAGGAUCUCCGCGGAGAAACCAUGGUAACUCCAGCAAAGAAAUUAGAAGAUCUCAUCCAUUUGGCUGAAUUGUGCGUCGACUUGCUACAACAAAAUGAAGAGCACUACGCGGAGGUUUAUAACACAAAACCGGACUCUAGCGGUCAACAAAAUGCAUUUGCGUGGUUCUCCGAGCUACUGGUGGAGCAUGCAGAAAUUUUCUGGGCUCUGUUUGCCGUAGACAUGGAUCGAGUGUUAUCUGAACAACCCCCGGAUACUUGGGACUCGUUCCCGUUGUUCCAGAUUUUAAACGAUUACUUAAGGACCGAUGAAAAUUUGCGAAACGGCCGCUUCCACGAACACUUACGUGAUACGUUUGCACCGCUCGUAGUUCGCUACGUAGAUCUAAUGGAAUCAUCCAUCGCGCAAUCACUUCAUAAAGGAUUUGAAAAGGAACGUUGGGAAAUCAAAGGAAAUGGCUGUUCAACAAGUGAGGAGCUUUUCUGGAAGCUGGAUGCCUUGCAGUCUUUCAUCAGAGAUUUACAUUGGCCAGAGCCAGAAUUCCGUUCACAUCUUGAGCAACGACUCAAGCUUAUGGCCAGUGAUAUGAUGGAAACAUGUAUUCAGAAGACAGAAGCUUCUUUUCAGGCAUGGCUGAAGAAGAGCGUCACCUUCAUGUCAACAGACUACAUCCUGCCUGCUGAGAUCUGCGCCAUGGUCAACGUAGCUUUAGAUGCCAAAAAUCAAGCACUAAAGUUGUGUGCAGUUGAAGGUGUAGACAUCUACCAGUACCAUGCUAAAAUGGAUGCCCAGAUCGAGGCGUGCCUGCAAGCCAUGUCGACGGGGAUGACGACGCGUCUGUCGGCGGUGUUGGAGGCUACGCUGGCUAAGAUUGCGCGCUUCGACGAGGGCAGUUUAAUAGGAUCCAUUCUGACGAUCGCCAAUGUAUCGGGUUCUGGAAAAGAUAUAGGUCAAGGCUAUGUUAACUUCAUGCGAAACUCUAUGGAUCAAAUUCGAUCAAAGGUGACAGAUGAGCUGUGGAUCCUGCAGUUAUUCGAACAAUGGUAUGGGGUGCAAGUUGGACAUAUUAGUACGUGGUUGGGUGAAAGACCUGCCCUGCAUCCGCAACAGGUUGCCUGUCUUUCCAUCGUGCUUAAGAAAAUGUACAGUGACUUUGAAUUGCAAGGAGUAAUAGAUGAUAAACUCAACUCUAAAAUUUAUCAACAAGUCGCAGGACGAAUGCAUACGGAAGAAGCCACUUGCAGUCUACUUUUAGCUCAACAAGAUCAAGGUAGUGGCGAUGAUGGCGGAUCAGAAGAAGGCGCGAAAAGUGGAAAGUCAAAGUUAGAGUCACUUACUGAAGACGCUAAGUUAGGAAACGUCGGAGCUGUAGUCGGCAAGAUGGGCAAUAUGUUUGGACGCGGCAUCGGCGAGCUGUCAACAAAGCUAGGCGGAGCAUCUUCUUGGUUU